AUGAACCAAGUCAAAAGGCAGACAACUGAGGUUUUGGCAAGUCUUGACAGGAGGACCAGAGAGAUAAUGGGCAAUUCAUCUGAACUAGGGGUCCUAAAAGAUGGCCAAGUUCAAACAGAAUUGCUGCAUAAAGCUAGGAUGAGAAUAGCAGUACAGCUACAGCAAUGCUUGGCAUCACCCGGUGAUACCUUGAACUUUGAUUAUACCUCAAUUUCCGAAUAUGAAAUUGACUGGGCCGCCCUGACCAUUGCACAUGCCAUGGUCAACCCUAUCAAUGUCAAUUGGGAUGUAGACCGAUAUGCUGACAAGGUCAAUUUGUCACAACCCAACAGGGAUGGGUCAGCAACUGCUGAACCGGAGAGACUGAAGAAGUUCUUCCCUGAGGCUGUGCUCGGCAAAAUUUCAGUUCCAGCAACCAUUGUGGACAGGCACGGAAAAAUUUUGGUAGUUCAUCUCCCUGAUAUUUUGACAGCUUCUCGCAUAGAGCAUCUCAAUCACAUCACUGGUGGCUUGAGAGAAUCCCUUCUCAAAACUGUUGAUCCUAAAGAUGUCAACAAAUGUUGGAGAGAUGAUGAAUAUAUGGUUCCAGCUGAAGGAGGGGAAUUUGGGGCUGGUAGAAUUACAGUAGCUCCUGCAUAUUUCAUGCAAAGACGGGAGCGACGAGUGGAUCCAUUGGUGACCUCAGAGUCUUACAAAUCAGAGAAGGUCCAACAAUGGUUAGCUGCCUUGACAACAUCAGAAGUUCUAUGGAAUGCCAUUACCGGAGUUGUGGCUCCGGAUCUUUUUCAAGCUGGCAACUCUGCAUUUUCUCAGGCCAUCAAAGAAGUCCAUCAUGGAUCAAAAAAGAACCCAAAGAACCCUGCUCCAGUGGACUCUUGGCCCUCAAUCUUUUCAGGGCUUGAAAUUAUUGCUAACCGUGUUAUCUUUAGCCACAGAGAUGCUGGUGGAUCCCCAUCCCUUUUUGAUCUCCUGGUCAGUCUAGGAAGAAAUCAUCAUGCCACUUUGGCCUUGGCAGACCUCCAUGCAGAAGUAGAUUAUUCCCCUGGAGCAAUGGUCUAUAUUGCAGGGCGGGUGCUAGAACAUUCUGUUGGUCCCUGGCUUAAUGGAGAACGGGUUGUAAUUGCCCAUUUCAUGAAGGAUGCUGUGCAUGACAGAGUUGGGGUGCCAAGGCCAUCAUUUCCGAUGCAGAGUUUCUUUUUAGAGGGAAAUGUUUCAUGGAAAGAAGCGGAUACUGUCUAUGAAGACUAUGACAGUGAGGUGGAGCCAACCUCACCGGUGAAACAAAAACACCACCAGAAUAUUGAAGAUCAUUCACUGGUCAAUUAUGACAGAGAGAUAUAUGAUGAUUUUGGGACAGGAGGCUUAAAUAGUAUCCAACGAAAGACAAAAACCCAAAAUGAUUUCCUCAGGGAAUACUUGCCUUGGCGCAAUGAAUAUCUUUCAGUGUUGUUGGAGUUGGAACAGCUGAUCAACAAUGAGAAAUGUGAGGAUUGCGGACGAGAGGAGGGCUUUAUUCGUUGUCUGUCCUGCUCAGGAGAGCACAGCUGGUGUUCCUCAUGUGCUGUCAAAGCCCACCAGCACAACCCCUUCCACAACCUUCAGCUUUGGAAUGGCAAGUUCUAUGAGUCUACUACCCUACGGGACCAUGGGUAUAUAAUGCAUCUUGGUCAUGGGGGACAUCCUUGCCCCAAUGCGUUGCAGCAGUCAAACCUGUCACCCUGGUCAGAUCUUGGAGCCAUGGAAGAUGUGUUUGCACACGUGGAGGGGGAUACUAUUUAUGAAACACAGUUGGGAUUGUCUAACCUGUGUCCUGGAGCUGAGAAGGACAGACAUCUACAUCUGCUAAAAGCAAAGUUAUUUCCUGCCAGCAUCACUCGGCCUCAAUCUGCUUUUACCUUCGAUGUGCUAGAUAACUUCCUCAUAGACGCUUUGGAGUGCAAGACCUCAGCUAUGAGUUUCUAUCAAAAGCUACGUCGUUUUACCAACAAUGCUUUCCCUCAUACAAUACCUGAUCGCUACCGUGAACUUAUGCGGGUGUCUCGUAUAUGGAGGGAUUUGGUCAAUAGAAUAAGGUUUGGCUUUGCACAUGAGUCGGACAGAUCUCCUGGUCCAGGGGAUUUAGCUCUUUAUUGUCCAGCAUGUCCCCAGCCUGGCAUCAACUUACCUUCUUCUUGGAAGGAUACCUAUGACAGUUGGUUGGUCAUGCAAAGAUAUGUUGUCGAUGGAAAUUUUACAGCUCAGCAUAUGAAGAUGAAGACUCCAGAAGAUGAUGUUUCACUAGCAGACGGAAAGGGAUACAUGAAAUCAUCUUGCAGCAAUCACCGUGCUGUGAAUGCAGCCAAUGUCCAGAGAAGCAACCUAAGAGCUACAGGAGUUGGGGCAACUGCAUGUGCUAGGCAUGGAUGUUUUGUUCCCCAUGCAGUAGUUGACUUCCAAAAGGGAGAGAGGCAAAUGAACAUGGACUAUUCCAUCUGCAACGCAUUGAAAUAUCCAUCAGAAGAUAUUGGCAGUGCACUCAUAAUCUAUGAUGUUGCAUGCCAAUGGAGUAUCCACUUCCAUGAACGGGUGAAUCAAAGCUAUCACCUGUCUCUUCCUCAAUCAAUCAAAAUAUUGCCAGCGGUCGGCAAGUUUCAUCUAAGCGCUCAUAAGCUACUGUGCUUUCCCAGAUUCAGCCUUAAUUUUAUUACAGGAGCUGGUCAUAUUGAUGGGGAAAUCUUGGAGACCCUCUGGGCCCCGUUUAACAAGAUUUCCCCACCUGCAAGGUCCAUGACUCUCUCUCACAGACAGGAAGUCUUGGACGACCAUAUGAGGGAUUCUAAUUGGAAGAAGCUUGGCAUUAAAGACACUCAGGGUCCGUAUGAAGAAUUAACGAAGUCUCUUGAUCGGGCCAAUAUCCAGAAAUGGAAGAAGGAAGCUGAACUAGCAGCUCUUCACCAAGCUCCAACUAUGGCUGAAAUAAGGCUAAGGUUGACUGAAAACAAAGUGUCCACCAAUGGUAGGACUGGGGCUGUUGCAUGGUUGAUCGAGGGUAUCAACAUAGAAAAUGCUCAAGAUAGCCUACGCUCUUCUAUAAGACAACUGCCAGAGGAUCCAACUGCUUCUCAGAGAACUCUGAUGGAAGAAAAAAGGCAGAAACUCUUGUCUCGCAUCAAUAAGUUCCACGAGACUGCAUUGGUUAUGACAAAUGGGAUGGAAUUGGAAGGGGGAGCAGGAUUGCACCAAGAUGACUCUGAACUGUGCCUGGAGGAGGCUGAUGGAUCUAAUUUUCCAGGAAUUGAAGAGCUGGGGGAAGACAGUAUUUUGGACAUCGGAGAUGAUGCUGACUCACCUGCAGAGGUUGCUGAACUUUGGAUGCCAUCAUGGGGGACAUCUGAUCCGAUCAUGAAUGAUGUUGUCAUGCCAUUACGUCAAGAAGAACUGGAGCUUCGAAAGGGUCAAGCAAAUGACUGCCUGGAAAAGCUUCGUCAAGCUCUUGGUGACAGAUCUGUGGUGUUUCGAGAGAAAUUACACUCCAACAAAUCAAUCCAUCAUCAGGGUACUAGAUCAACAAAGGAACUUCGAAAAAUCACCUUGGCCAUCAACAAACAUGCUCGAGAAUAUCGCAGAUCAAGGGCAGCAAUGCAACGAUUAGGGGCUGAUUCUGAUACAAUGUCAUCUUAUCAAGCCCUAAAGGCUGAGGACCUUACAGUAAGCAAAGAAGUCACUGAGGAAAAUAGGCAUGGUCAGGGUUCUGAUAGGCUAGCUUGGUUUUGGAGAAUCAACAGUGCAGAGGACAGCCAGAAGAGCGAGUGGAUGAAUGAAUUUUAUCGAGUCAAUUGGUUGAAAGCAAAAGCACGAUAUGACCGUUGGAGUGAAGAGCUGAAGUUGGUACAGCAUGAAAUGUGUUGGACAGUAUGGUGGUUUCAGAAGCAGGAGUCGGAGUGGAGAGCAAGGGCAGAUGAAAGCAUCAAGAAUGGGCAUAGGGCAUAUGCUGAAAAGCAGGCUUCCAUGUGGGCUGAGUUUGCAGCUGAGGGCAUGAAGAGUUUUCAAGGAAAAUGGAGCAUGACAAGUUGA